UGGGUGGAAGGAAGAACCGUGGAGAAGCACAAAGAAGCAAAGUGAUUCAAAACACCGAGGAAAGAGAGAGUGCAAUAAAAUGGUAGUUUGGUGGGAGAAGGACGGUGCCUACCAGAGGGGAUCGUGAACAAGUGAAUGUGGCUGUCAGCUGAUACAUGUUAGUCGCGUGCGAAGCCAGUAGUUGAGCCGUGCGUUCGUUCGUCCAACUUUCAGGUGUGAAUCGCUUUCUGAAAAUAAGCCGUCAAGAAAAUUUAGUGUAGUUCAUCAGUCUUCGUCAAGAGAGGCAGUUUGCCUCGGUUCCUGGAGAAAAGUGCAAUAUUUAUAGCUGGAACAGAUUGAUCACACGGUCAGGUGGCGUUGAAACGUUUUUCACCGCUGAUAAAAGGUCAGCCCACACCAGAGCUCAUCAGAAAAAUGGUGGUUUUGAUGGAGCGAUUGACAGCGACGCAAACCGAAGAAGCGAUCAGAUAGGUGCUGCGCUGCCCUCUCGUCGACUCGUACCGAAGAUGCAGUCGGUUGGUCGGUCGUCUGAGAACAACAGUCUUGAAGUAUUGAACUUGGAUGCCGAUCUGACGAGGAGGAAAGCAUGCCCGCAACCCGUGCAACAUGAUAUUCACCUUGAUUGCUGUAACAUCUGCCUUGAAAACAGGGCUCACUAUUGUAGGAACAGGAAUAUGGCUGAUACCAUUGCUGAUAGCUGGUCUGGCCUAUUACCGCUACGACUCGUUCGAUCCCGAAUCGAGACCCAUCGACCAACGACAACUGAACCGGGAGUACGAUUUCAUAAUAAUUGGGGGCGGCUCAGCUGGGGCGGUGAUAGCUAGCCGCCUCUCGGAGGUGGCGCACUGGUCGGUGCUGCUCUUGGAGGCCGGACCCGACGAGAAUGAAAUAUCCGAUGUGCCGUCGUUAGCCGCUUACCUCCAGUUGUCCAGUCUUGACUGGCAGUACAAAACUGAGCCCACUGGGAAGGCAUGCCUGGGAUUCAAAGGAGGAAGAUGCAGCUGGCCCAGAGGGAAGGUUCUAGGGGGAUCAUCAGUACUCAACUAUAUGCUCUACAUUAGAGGAAAUCGUCAUGACUAUGACAGAUGGGAAGAAAUGGGCAAUGUUGGAUGGGGCUAUGAUCAGGUGCUUCAUUAUUUCAAGAAAUCUGAGGACAACCGUAAUCCCUAUUUAGCCAGAACAAAAUAUCACAGUAAGGGCGGCUUAUUGACUGUCCAAGAGUCACCAUGGCGAACACCACUGGUUUUGGGAUUUGUCAAGGCUGGAGAAGAACUGGGAUAUCCGAACAGGGACAUCAACGGCGAAAAACAAACUGGAUUCAUGAUUGCUCAGGGAACGAUUCGAAGGGGCAGCAGAUGUUCGACAGCUAAGGCGUUUCUUCGCCCAGUGAGGAUGCGCCGAAAUCUGCACAUCGCCAUGAACGCUCAUGCCACUAGAAUUCUCAUCAAUCCGAAAACGAAACGCGCCUAUGGUGUGCAGUUCCUGAGAGAUGGAAUCAGGCAAACAGCUCUUGCGAGAAGGGAGGUAGUCCUGUCAGCUGGUGCUAUCAACUCGCCUCAAUUGUUGAUGCUGUCUGGGGUGGGACCUGAGCAUCAUCUACGAAGCAUGGGCUUGCCUGUCAUAAAGAAUUUGCCAGUUGGUGAGAACCUCCAGGAUCACGUCGGAAUGGCUGGGAUGACAUUCAUUGUUGAUAAGCCAAUUGCCAUAGUACAGGAUAGAUUGCAGGCGGUGCCAGUAACCAUGGAAUACAUAAUGAAUGAGAAAGGUCCAAUGACAACAUUGGGAGGUGUGGAAGGAGUUGGAUUUGUCAGUACAAAGUUCGCGAAUCGAUCAAUCGACUGGCCUGACAUCCAAUUCCACAUGGCACCGGCAUCUAUCAAUUCAGAUGCUGGCGCUAGAGUUCGAAAAAUUCUAGGUAUCACUGAUCGCAUCUACGAUCGUGUAUUUCGACCAAUCACCAACAGAGAUACAUGGACUAUAAUGCCCUUGCUGUUGAGACCUUAUUCACGAGGAUAUGUCAGACUGCGAUCGAAGAACCCUUUCCAUUACCCGGUUAUAAAUCCGAAUUAUUUCGAGGAUCCCAGGGAUGUGGCGACUCUUGUUGAAGGGAUCAAGAUCGGAUUGAGGGUGAGUCAAGGAUCGGUGUUCAAGCAGUUCAACUCUCGACUCCAUCGAAUCCCAUUACCAGGGUGCCAUAAAUACCCAUUCGCAUCAGACAUCUACUGGGAGUGCUGUGCCCGACAUCUGUCAAUGACCAUCUACCACCCGGUCGGAACCUGUAAGAUGGGACCGGAGGGUGACCCCACUGCCGUAGUCGACCCCAGACUACGUGUUGUUCACAUUGGAAAUCUCAGGGUGGCUGAUGCUUCGAUUAUGCCAACAAUUGUCAGUGGGAAUACCAAUGCUCCCACUAUUAUGAUUGGAGAAAAGGCUGCCGAUCUAAUCAAAGAAGACUGGUUGAGCGGGAGUAACUACGGCAACUACUGAUAAACACAUUUUUGCUUCAUAAAAUGACUUGAAGACAUUCUAAUAUGUUUCUAAAUAUAAUCGUAUUGUUCAUAUUCCUGUACAGUACGUUAGCAUAUUAUAAUUAAUAAAUGUUUGUUCAAAUAAUGUUAUUACAAUAAACCACAUGGUACAUUGAAGAACGCUCUGCUACAUAACUUUACAUCGUUACAUUUGUGUGUGUUUAUAGUUUCUUGUAUAAUUGUAAUUUGCUAAUAUGUAGGCGAUUCUGAUGUUUUAGGAUAGAAUGUAUGUCAUUACUUGCUCAAGAAUGAAUGCUCUGUAUAUGAAGAAUAUUCUCAGAUCAUGUACAAUAAAUGACUAAUUCUAAUACUAAUUCUGCUGUUCCAAGUUUGAAUUGUAUGACUAUCUACUUUUACUGAUUAAACAUAGACAUAGUGGUUCUCUUUGUCAAAAGUCUCAAAGACAUUAGCAUAUUCAGCGAAGAAAAUGGUUUGAUAUUUUUUUCAGUAAAUAUAAUCAAAUCACAAUAAAUAUAGAUCUACUGAGCUCUAUUUAGAGGUGAUUCUCGAUAUUUUAAAAUUUGUGGAUAAUACAUUCAGAUUUUUAUGCGUGUAUGAUGUUGAAUGUAUAUGCAAUAAACGAUUGUACUAAUAAAAUGAUCACAUGUAAACUA